CAAAUGUGGUGUACAGUCCCGAGGAAAUGAUGAGCAAAUGUAGCAAAUGUUGGGUAAAUGUAGCGAAUGUUCAGGAAAUGUGGCAAAUGUUAAGGAAAUGUAGUAAAUGAUGAGGAAAUGUAGCAAAUGUUUAGGUAAUGUGGCAAAUGUUAAGGAAAUGUAGAAAAUAGUUUAGCAAAUGUUUAAGAAAUGUAGUAAAUGUUUAUGAAAUAUGACAUAUCAAUGCGAGUAUCAAUGAUUUGUAAAUGUAAAGAUAAAUGUAUAUCAGACGCUUACAAUUCGUGAAAAUUAUGCAAAAAAAUGUGUUUUAACAUUCGUUCAUGUAGUGCAGUCGUAAAUCAUGUGCUAGAGUCCUUACCCUAUACACCGAAAAAGUAAUAGAAUGAUUGUUACAUUUCGAUUGCAUACAUUGCUUUUUUUGUUUUGAAAUUUAAGAAUCUCGGAGAGACUUCAUUUCGAGUUCAAUUGCAAAGAUUAUUGUUUGAUACAUAAUCACAAAUUUUUAUGAAUUCAAUCGGAUUAAUAGAACAAAAUUCUUAUGGGAAUUUUUACUUAGAUUAAGUACAGUCAAGAAAUACGACAAAGGCUAUAACAAAAUGUGACUUAAUUGAUUUUAAAUGUUGUGAUACACCUGCUCAAAUUCAAAAGUUCAAAGAAAAUGCCUACGGCUAUGUGUAGUCCAAGCUAUUUUCGAGAAUAAUAAGAAUUGAAAAGGAAAUAUUGUUCUACGAAUUAUUUUCAUUUUUAUGAAGUACAUAGCAACAAACAUAUAUGUAUAUAUGGCAACAAAUAACAGUCGUAACGAGGUCGGAAAUAAAGGUGGUUUAUUUAUGAAUAGCAUUUAACAGUGAGUCACCAUGCCUCGCUCUAUGCUGUGCAUUUUUACUGCGAUAGCAUUUUCUUGAAGUAUCAGUCUGACAAUGAACUUCGUUCUUCAUUCAUAAAGUACCCUUAUUCCCGUUUUUAUCGUUGAAUGCGCGGGUGGGUGUGCUCGUAAGUGUAACAAACAAUGGCGGUAACAGCAAAUAUUGAGACAAUCUCUGAUUGGGGAGAUACGGAGGAUACAUUUAUCAAUUCCAUUGAACAAAAACUAGAAGUCCAAAUUCCUCUAUUCUUAAAAAAUAUAGUAAAAGUGUCCGGUUUAGCAAAUAAAAUCGGGAUUAAAAAUUUAUCAGAGGACGAUAUUAAUAGGCUAGAGGAGUUUGUAAAAGGCGAACUUGUCGACUUGAUCGAUAAAGAAGAGUAUGAAAACUAUUAUGGGCCGUUGUUUAAGAAGAAGCCUACAAAUUUUAAAUUUCUUAUGGGACACAGAAAGUUAUUACUAGCCAUGAGUGAAUCACAACGUGAACUAACUACAACUACGUCUCAGCAACAAAAUAAACGCAAAGUCAAACCUAGCCGAGAACCCAGCAUUGCUUCGACGUGCAACAACACAAACCUUCAAAUGGCUGAAAAUUUAUCAAAAUAUAGUACCAAAAUAAAACAAAACAUUGUGUCUUGGGUUUUGUUACUAAAAAAAGAGAGCAAAAUCACAGAAGAUGAAGAACGAGAAUAUACCACUAAAAUAAAAAGCAUAGAAUACCAGUGUUCACCAGAUGACGACGAUUUUAUUUGCUGUUAUAUCCCAUGUUUCAUUUGCGAUGCGAAAGUAAAGGUGAAAAAACUGCCUAAGAAUCACAACACCCAUUGGUCUUUUUCGAAUUUUUAUCAACAUGUUAACAAACAUUUGAAAAAUAAGGACUCAAAUAAAGAUAAAUUCCAGGAUAACUCUAAGCCAAAAUCUAAGCGCACGAUUCGCCAACCCACACUACAUACAUUCUGUUCUGAACCGUCUACUAGUUCUUCCUUUAUACCCACCAUCUCUAGAGUAGAUGAGAAAAUAGGUGAAGACGCACAAGAAACAAGAUCAGAUGUUGAAGUCGUAGUAUCUGCUGUCUUAUCAUCAGAAGAAGAGGAUGAAGAUAUCAUUCAACCAAGAAAAAAAGCAAACAAGCAAAUAAUUUUAUCAGACAUUGAAAGCGGUACCGAACAGGAUUUUCCUCGGGAUUUUCAAACAGACGGAAUUGUACAUGAAGGGGCUUACAGUUCUGUUGAGCAAUCGUUACACCAGCCCCAACAACAACCGACUUCGGUCCUUGUUGAAAACAAGUGGUUAUCUCCGAAAUACUCGCGCUGUGAAAGAAAUCGACGUGGCCGCAAAAAUUCUUUUGAUGAUGAAAAACAGCUGCUUAUAACCAAUUUUUAUAAGCCACUAAAAGACAUUGAGAAGGUGUUAAUCGAAAAUAGUCAAUUAAAAGAAAUAAUUCAAGAACAAGCCAAAAAGUUCCGAUUAUUGGGUGACAAGGUUGGCGGUGCAUCGUUAACGGGAGCUCCUGUGUCAAUUUUUUUAAAUAUUAUGCUUGAUACAGCUGCUGCCAAUGCUUCCAAAACGAAAUCAAAAAACAGAUUUGACGAAAGUGUAAAAAAAUUCUGCUUGUACCUAUUCUUAAUUGGAGGGAGAAUGCUAUACGAGACAUUAUAUGCAAAUUUGAAAAACGUUAUUCCUUCAAUAACAACUUUACACCGUUCUAUUACUAAUUCAAAUAUACAAGAAGGGGAAUUACGCUUUGCAGAUCUGAGAAGAUUUCUUGAUAGUCGUGGAUUGCCAAGCGUCGUGUGGAUAAGCGAAGAUGCGACAAAGAUUACAGGGAAAAUAGGAUACUCUUCACACAAUAACUUGGUGGUUGGAUUUGUCAUUCCACAGCAUAAUGGAUUGCCACGUGAGAACUACUUCGAAGCAACUUCGGCACGAAGAAUCCAACAGAUCUUUGUGGAAGGAGAACGAGCUCAAUAUGGGUACGCAAUCAUGGCCCAAUGUCCAAUUGAUAAAACCCCUUCGUUUUGUCUUAACAUUUUCGGUACUAAUAACAAAUUCACGCAUAAUGAUGUAAUACAGCGAUGGGAACAAAUGAAGGUAUCUGCACGUCGGUAUAACAUAGAACUUUUGGGUUUCUCGUCAGACGGGGACACGAGGUUGCUGAAAGCGAUGCGGCUCACAACAAAACUUUCUAACCAGGUAACAGAAAAGUGGAAGUGGUUUCACAUGCCAUUAGAUACUGGCAAUAUUUGCACUCAGGACACAGUUCACAUCGGAACAAAAUUAAAAACGCGUUUAAUCAAUCAAAAAGUCACGCUCGCUCUUGGAAAUUUUAUAGCAUCAUCGGAUCAUCUUAAAACUCUAAUUGAGACUGUGUCUAAAGAUAAACACCUUCUGACCUUAGGAGACCUAAAUUCACAAGACAAAAUGAAUUUCCGAUCUGUUGAAAAAAUUAUUGCUCCUAAAGUGUCUGAACUUCUUAAAAAAAGUGUUCCAAACAGCGAAGGAACUGUUGCAUAUCUUAAAAUACUCAGAUCUGUACUUGAUGCUUUUCUCAGGAAAGACCUUAGUCCUGUAAGGCGAUUGCAACUGAUUUGGUAUGCGGUCUUUUUUCUUCGUAUAUGGAGGAGUUGGGUAAGAAAUUCCGAGUCAUACACAGUGACUGAAAAUUUUAUAACUCUCAAUGCGUACUUGUGUAUUGAAAUGAAUGCUCAUGCCCUGAUUAAGAUCAUCCGAAAAUUUAGGGAAGAAAAACUUGAUACGGAUUUUGCCACUUGGCUCUUCAGCUCUCAACCAUGUGAGCAAAUUUUUCGCGCUACCAGAUCACUCACGUCAACGUACUCUACGAUAGUUAAUUUUAGUUUAAUGGAAAUGUUGAACAGAAUUAAUAAAAUAGAGACUAUUGUAAGUAUUAUGAGUGAUUUGCGCGAUACAUUUGUAUUUCCACGGGAAGGGUCAUCUAGAAUGGGAACUGCACAUAACUCGAUUGGUAUUGUGUUCCCUUGUGAUGAAGAAAUCGAGUCAGUAUGUAUGACAGCAUUGCAAGAGGCGAUAAAUGAUUGCAAGUUAUUGGGUAUAUAUAACGAUCGAGAUAACGAUGAUACUCAAAACCUUUGGGAACAAAUUAUGAUAUUUGACGGGAGUAUUGAUUCACAACCGUAUAAAUUACAGGAUCCAGAUGCAUUGGAUUAUCAUUGUGUUGACUUAAAUUUGUCAGAAGAAUUUUCAUAUGAACCGGCUACGAAUGAUGUGUUACGCCAAUUUGUUGACCAACAGGAUGAUAGCGAAACAAGCGAGGAUCAAGAACAAGAUGAUGACCAUAGUGAUUCCUUAAUCAACUUCCAGGAUUUGAAUUUCGCUGACGUUCCUGUUGAAGAACCAAUUCAUGAAAGAAGCCCCUAUGUCAAAAUCAAAUGCCAAAAUGGUCAAAUUAAAACGAUAAGAAAGAAAACAUUGUGUUGGUUUUUGGACGAUAAUGUGAAAAGGUAUUUAAUGUGGCAGUUAAUUAGUAUUGUUGUAAAUUGGAUAUAUCAGGGUUGUAAAAACAAAAGAGGAGAAAUACGCAUUUUUUAGUAGUAAUGUCAAUUAUUUAAUUUGUAUCGUGAAAAGAAAUAUAAAACCCAAAAGAAAACGGGUAGUUUUCAGCAAGCUUUGUUAACAUUUUAUGGCGACCGUGACAGGACACCGGGUUUGAGUGUUUUGGCUACGAUAUUUGUGUUAAAUUGACAUUUUAGUGGUGCGUUCGAUUUCCGCGAAAAAUGGAGCAACAAAGGCGAUACCGCGACGUAUGUCGUGAUAGCUUUAUGCGGGCCACCGACAAGCUACGGGGGUUAUUAACUAAAACUCCUAUAGAUAGUGUUGCGUUGAAGGUGGCGGUUGAAAUGCUGCGGCUUAAGCAUUCAACUUUACAAAAAGCCGACGAUGAAAUAACAACGCUGUUGAUGGGUGAGGCGGCCGACAGAGACGUCCUGGGAGCCGAA